UUCUACAUCAUCGCAUGCUGAGUUAUAUUUUCAAUACAAUCUUUUAAUUUUCAUAAAGUUACUUGAUUCAUUUCUAAAUGUUUUCUUUCGUUGUGACCGCCUUUCUGUAUUUUAAUUUCUAAAUAUGUGUAAUGUGCCGCCGAAGUUCCAUUCAGUGUGUCGCCUUUGUUUAUCAUUCUGUGGCGAUAAUUGCAGUGAUGUUAAACUUCCAAUAUUCGACCGUGAUAAGGAUAAAUCACGCCUCUCCGAGAUGAUAAUGACAUAUUUGUCGAUAAUGGUUUCCCCAGUAGAUCCUCUACCUCAGGUGGUUUGCGGGAGCUGUGUACAUAAACUCGAUGAAUUCCACACUUUCAGAGAGUUGUCACACAAAUCAGAAAGGCUCCUGGAGCAGUUCCUCCAGUAUGCUAAUUCACUCUCAGGUCCUAAGGAGGAGGUCUUGAACAUCACCGCGAAUAAGUUGGAGGAAAUAAUUAAACCAUUCAGCGACUCUGAGUACGACUCUGCGUCAAAACACAAAUACGCUGAAGUAGGAUCACCUGACUCUACAGAAGAGAUGAAAAAUAUGGAAAGUCGACAGGCUGCAGUCACAUUGUUACAAAUAAAGAAUCACGACCCCUCAAAAUACGCGAUAAAGACCGAGGAACCUCAUAUAGUGUUCAACAGCGUGCCGAGUUUACCUCCAUCGGAACGAGCAAGAGAGGUGAUGCACUGCAAUGCUGUCAUCGAUAUUAUAAGUAAAGCCGUGGCUGUCGCGCAGAGAGAAAACGAAGAAUCUCAAAAAUAUCCAGCUAAUUACGCGGCUGUGAUCGAUAGGACGCACGCGGCGAAUGUAGGCGAAAUGAACUACACGCACGAAUACACCGAGGACCAGUACAAUGCGUACAGCGCACCACACAACCAGGCCAGUCCUGGAAGUAACGAAGAUCAUGACAAGGAGAUGGACCUCUCAUUGUACAGUUCCAUCAAAAACGAACCAAUUGAACAGACUGAGCAAACAGAUGCAGAAACUGGCAACUCCUUCUUUCAUAGAGCUUUGACACACAAAAAAAUUAAUUUUGCCGACGAAUACAAACAGCAUGUGUUUGGUCAAACAGCGGGUAAAACAAAAAAUUGUAAAGAUAACUCUUCGACAUACGAAGACUGCAGUCAGAGCAGUAGUGGGUCAGACCCAGACAGAUUGCAAAUGGACAUAUCUCAGAUGUCUCAGGACGAUCCGGAAGAAACUCAGUCUGCACGUUCAACACAGUCUUCUCCACAGCCAAUACAAGAAAACGAACAUGAUAAAGAAACACUAUGGCAGGCACUGCACAGACAAAACGGUCGAGGCGGGGAAGCAACGCAGCUACUACGGCGACUGAUAAACAGCAAACAUUUAGGCAUGACUGUUUCACCAUUACGGGCCUCUACGUCACCACUGGCUAGUUCUAUGCCCCAACCACCCAACGGCGCCGUUUCACCGAACGGCGAAUGGCAAGGAUCAGGUCGAGGUGGCGGCGUUGGCGGUGUCGGUACCGCUCGCAGGAAACAGAGCUUCCCAGCGCGUGCGCACCCCGCACCGCCACACGAGCCCACGCAGACGUUGCAAUCAGCUACGUGGCCGCCACAUCAAUCCGCUUCGGAGAACCAAGAGCCUAUGGAGACCACAGCAGGGACGGGUAGCAACGCCGGAGCCGGCAGUCGAGGCUCGGGUCCUCGCGUGGAAUUGUCCUGCAGCAACUGCGGCACGCACACGACGACGAUCUGGCGGCGCGACGCGCGCGGCGAGAUGGUCUGCAACGCCUGCGGCCUGUACUACAAGCUGCACGGCGUGCCGCGCCCUACCGCCAUGCGCCGCGACACAAUCCACACGCGUCGCCGUCGUCCGCGGCACGACCCCAAGCACGCGCGCAACAAAUCUCGUCGCGGUGGCAACACGUGUGCAGAACAAGCUACUGCGGGCGAACAAGCAGCCUCUGGCACGACGGAGUCUGGCGCCGAGGAGGCCGUACUGGCCGCACUGCGCAGGCAACUGCAACCGCACCUGCUCGCCGCGCUGCACGCGCAGAACACGCGACUGCACGCUACCACCGAUCAGGCUCCAGAGUACGACGAGGCGCCAUUAAACCUGGUAGCAAGUCACGUAGCUGCGGAGGAGACGCACUGACUGCCCACUGCGCACGCGCCGACGGGACCCGACGACCUCCGUAACGUACCCCAUUGAUAAUUGACCCUGAUUAUUUACAGGCCACCUACUUGGUACUGGCGCGCACGGAGAUUUUCUAUUAAGUUCGUUUUUGUAUUAUUGUACAGACCAAUCGCCUAUAUGUUAUAUGCGGUGUGACGCAUACAUUUAUGUAUUGUUGGUAGUAACCAUAAACGGUUACUAUGGCAACUGACAGUUGAGAGACAUUUGACGUAAAUCGUUACUGUAUUGUUGGUUUCAUUUGUUAGUCGAUCGAUUUGUAAGUGUUUUUUGACUAUAAAUCGAGAUACCGUCACGACGUCGAGGUCGACGAUGAAGCAAGUUACCCAGAAGUUGGAUUUUACGCUACAAAAUGCGUCGUUAUCAUAACUAACGCAUUUGCAUUUCGGUAACUUCCGACAUAUUAGCACCUAAAGUUUUAUUGUCACAUAAGAACGUCACUACGCUGAUUUUGCUAACACAGAUUGGAGGGGAUCCCAGAUACGUUAAUAACUCAAUUUCGCUAGAAAGUCGAUUACGUUAGUUAUGAUAAGCUUCCAUUUAUACCAGAAUCUCCUUAUUACAAAUAAAGUUUCUUUUUUUGCAAUGACGAGAUAUCAUGAAAAUACAAUUAUAGGCACUUUACACAGUAUAACACCACAUCUACCGAAAUUUCGACUGCGUAUUGUCAACUCUUACAUGUCUUUCAAGACCUUAGCCUUGCAGACAUUUUUAAGGAAUCUUUUUUCGUCAUACAGAGUGUAAUUUCGCAGUGUCCGCUAGACCUUCAUCACCGCCGACACAUCCAAAUGACGUUCACGAAUCGUAACUGCCUGUACGUGGGAUGAAUUAAUAUCGUUCAAUGAACACAUCGUAAAUGCUAUUUGGACGUGUCCAGGUUGGACGAAUCGAAUUUAAUCAACGAAUUCGUCAGGUAGCUUCUAACUCGGCUAUUGAAAUUCACUCUGUAUUAAGACGCAUUGAUUAAAAACUAAGCUACUAGUUUUUUUUAACAUUCAAAUGAAAUUUGUUUAAUGAACUACUUUAGUAAUGCAAUAAGCUCCGUUUCGUACAUGGAGUUUUUAAUAUGGAUUAAAUAUUUUUUUAAUAAUGGGUUACGAAACAGUGAAGGAAAAAUCUUCUUUCGUAACAAGUUAUGAAAAACAGUUUCGUAGAUGGACCAAAGGUAUCUCAUCUUUUCUAUCGUGAUAUAUUUAAUUAUGUAUUGACAAUAUUUUCGAUAUCAGGUUUGGAUAGUUAGACAAAUUACACCUUAGUGUAUUUUUGUCCUUGUAAUAUUGAUUUCAGUAAAUUGCGGGUCCCCAAAAAUAUAUUACAAAAACCAGAACAGUUCAUGUCUUUGGUCAGUUCCAAAUAGUAAACCCGAAACUUAAUUAAUUGCCAAUUGCAUUAUUUUGACAUAUAAAUAUUUAAAAAAUCGAACCUGUUCUCCGCUCAUUUAUUGUCAAUUUGAUCUAAGAAUCUCGAGGCAAAACUGUACAUGCAUUGGUAAUAAUUGUUUAGAACUUGAGAAUCUAUAGUGAUAAAAUGGCCAGUGUAUGCAGAGCAUAAUAGAACAGGAACAUUUUAAUUCGUGACUCGAAUAUUAUUUUGAAAACACAGAGCAUUAUCAUGACUUUUACUCAAUAUUUACUAAGUAAUAUGUAAUGAAAUUUCAUGUAUUUAUGGUCAAUAGCGUUAUUUACGUUGAACAUCGUAGGACAUCCCAUUGUAAUUCGUGCCUUGAACUAAAGAUUGCAUUUUUAAUACAUAACUAAUGCUAAAAAUAUUUCUAUUAACAACAAUUACAAAAAUUACAGCAAAAAACAUGUUACAUUAUGACAGAAAAAAUCGGGACAGUUCGUUGGGGAACAACGUAAAUAACCUCAGGAAUUUACUUAAAAUGUUUUAUAAGUGAUCAAUCGCUUUCGUGACAGAUUUCAAUAGAACCCUGUUUGUUCAUGCUGUUAAUUUUUUGCCUAUUUACUGUAACGUUAAGGUCAGACGUUGGUAGUGACGAAAUGUGUUCCCUACUGAGUGACUUAAGAUCACAUGUUAGAUACGCAACAGGUUUCAUCUAUGGCGUUGACUUUGUACGCUCAUAUGUAAAUGUAAAGAAACGUGACUGUUCUAAAAGUUGUGCGCUAUAUGCUUUAUACCCUAGAAGCCAUAAAAUUAUUUUUCAGUUUUCCACAAACAAGCAAUUUGAAAACAUACAUACACAUUGUUCUGUUGUAGAAUAAAAAAUAAAUUACUACACAAAUCAAAUCCCUAUUGAAAUGUAAAAAAGGUUAAGCACUAUUUUUAGACCUGUCAAACAAUUUAUUUCUAGAAAUGAAUCUCAAGAGAAUGAAUACAAAUAAAUAAGUUUAAAUUGCGAUGUGUAAACAAAUUGAUCUGAAUUAUUUUUUAUGUGUUGGUAGUACGUUCGAUUGUGAAUUUAGUGCGGCUACGCCAUUUAAUCACUUUGAAUAUUAAUUGUCGAUAAGAUAGCUGUCAUAAAGUAUGAUAAUAAAGAACGUUUUCUGCACUAUGAUAUGAUAUGACUAUACGAUGCUAAAACAUACUUUGUUAGCGGUUUAGUAACCUAGUUCCACAUGCAGCCUAAUGUAAACUAUAUAAUAGUUUGUGCACCGAUGUCCAGCCGUGUCGAACUCACUGUCGUGCAUUAACUAAAACGAGGCUAUGUGACAAAAUAAUUUUUAAGAUAUCAUAUAAAAACUAUAACCCAGUUUUAGAAUAUUGAAAUUUUUUCAAGAUAUCAUUCGUUUCGAUAUAUCCAAUCGUUAACUAACUUUAAUUGUUUUGAAAUAGAGAAUUUUGAUCUCUAUCUUAUGCUGUUUAAAACGGAUAUUUGACCCCAUGUCACUUCGCCGCGCUUUAGUGGACGGCAUCUCUAUAUACCACAUUUUGUCAAUACCAAUAGGUAUCUUUCAAUAACGCAGUAUUGCAGAAUAUUACUGUUAUGCAUUGAGCGCACAGCGACGAGCAGGGCAAGCAAUUAUCGUGAAUGAAGAAUCCAUUUUCUUACAUAUUAACAAAAAAGAAUUAACGAAAAACGAUAGGCAC